AUGACUACAGAGGCGCGCCGUAUCGCCCUGGCUUCGCCGUUGCAGCAUGGGAAGCCGCGUUUCGCGGUUGGCGGGCAGGGGCAGGUCGCGAGCGGGGAUGUCAAGCUGUACGAGUGGGUCAGAGAGAGGCAGGAAAUGCGGAUGAUAGGUCUCCAGACGGACCUUGGCCAGAUCAGGGCAAUGGCAUGGUCGCCCCACUCGACUUACCCCUCCAUCAUCGCUACCGGUCUAGUCACAGGUCGGACCACACUUCACUCGCUCUCAUCCUCUACUCUAGUGCCCUCUCCCAACCAUCCCUCCGGACCCCUCGCUACGCUAAACAUCAAGCACAAUCGCCCCGUCACCUCGCUCGCCUUCUCCCCCUUGGACCCAAACUAUAUUGCGGCCGGUCUCGAGCGACAUCGGUCCGACCAUUCCCUCUUGGUCUGGGACGUCGCGGACGCUAUUGCCUCUUCGUCUUCCGGCGUUCCGGCAGAUGGAGACUCUCGCUGGGCAAGACCGGGCGACCGGAUUGACGUGACGAACGCGCAUCCCACCUCGCGUAUCUCCGAGCCUCGUCAUUUGCAGGCGUACUGCGCGUCCGAGCUCGUCAACGCCUGCGCCUUCUUGCCGAGCUCAUACUCCCUCCUCGCAUCGACAAACAAUCGCCAGAUCCGGCUCUUCGACCUGCGCUCUUCGCACAGCUCUGCGCCCGCUCGAGAUGCCGCUGCAGCCGGGGCGGGUGCCGUCUUACAGUUCCAGACCAGGGCGGUAUAUGGCCUCACCCCUCAUCUGAGCCGGACGGAACGGUUUGCCUCUUUCGAAGUGGGCCAGGGCCAGGGACCGAGCGUUGUCCGGAUAUGGGAUACGAGGAUGGCGGGAGAAAUGCUCAGCUUUGAUGUGCCAGAGGCCGUGGUCGGGCUCGAGUGGAGAGGGGAUAGUCUGGGCGUGGGGUCGAGAGAUGGCGGGGUGAGCUUGUGGGAUGUCACUGAGGGCAGGGGGAGGAUGGACGAUAGGGACUGGAUGGCGAUUGGGGGAAUGAGAAAUGUCGUCAAGCCGCGGCAACAUCUACAAUCUUUUGCCUUUGCGUCAACCGGAACAUCAAGCGACGUCCUCUUCGUAGGCAAAGAUGGUAUCAUCAACAUCGCUCCUAUAUCCGAUACUCCAGCUAUCGCAACGAGCCCGCAAGGCGAUCUCGCCUUAUCCGUCACAUCAUCCGAUACUCGCAUUCUCACGCCAUCCGCUAUGACUCUUUCAGGAUCGACGCCGGCCGCUCACCGACCGGGCCCGCUUCCAACAGCCCGACCGAAUCGCGCCUUUCCCUCAAGCUCCUCAAAUACACUUCUGCCGCAUCAAACGUCCGAUGCUCAGCUACCCCUCACUGCGGCUGCGGGACCAUCUCGACGUCGACUGCCGCACGAGAUCCCCGAGUUUGUUGACGCGGAGAGUGAGGUGGAAGAGGUCGUAGAGGGGUUUGGGCGAUGGAGGGCCAUCAGCGGAGAGGACGUGGGUGUUGUUAUGCGCAGAAGGGCUGAGGCGGGGUAUGGGCUUGCUGAUGUGAGACGGAAUGCCGGGAUAGCUGCCCGAUACCCCGGCGCUGAGCAUUUAGAGGGAUUAUGGGAGACGGUCGGUCACCUUACUGACUAUAUGUCGCCAGAAUCAGCCUCACCCUCCGACCUAACUCAUCAAGGUAUCUGGGGCAUAUGGACCGGACAGCUCGCGCUCCCUACUGCAGCUCAAUCAAGCAGCACCUCCGGCCGUGCCCGUUCCACCGCACCUUCCGGUUCUAAGACGCGCGAACCGAUCCGCGAGAACUCGCGCGCGUGGGAAAGCCUCAAAUCGCAAGCGCAACCCAGCCAGAAUCUUACGCCCUCUGUCGGUGCGAGUACGGUGUCGAGGGCGCCGGUACCGACCGAUGAGCACAUUGCUGCUGUGGCGAAUCUGUAUCAGGCGAAAGGGGGGUCUGGGGGACGAGCGGGGAAGGGCAAGCAGGCUCUGCCGAGUGGGGAGCGGACGGCGUGUAGGCGGGUCAUACUUGCCCUGUGCGAGCAGGAGCCGUAUGCCCCAAGAGGCGAGGGCGACCAGCGGACAAGACAGGCCGCUUGGGCAUACUUUGCGAACGAAGAGGAAGAGGCUGUGCGGAUACUUCUUGAAAGUUCAGAUACUCAACAUCGCUUGAUUGGCGCAACGCUGGCAACAUCACUCAUCCGCUCCGGCUCGAAUCGGAAACCAAAUCGAGAAGAAUGGAUCUCGGUCAUUGAGGGGAUGGACGACCCUUACAUCCGAGCUGUGCUCAGGCGGGUCGGCGGAGAUAGCUGGGAGACCGUCCUUCGGGAAGGCGGAAAAGAGGGGUUGGAUCUGGUUGACCGGGUCAUCAUCGCUGUCAACAACCUGAACGAUAACGACUUAUCUGAAUUUCUGUACUCGCUCUACUCCUCCAUUAUGGAUCCCUCCUCCCCCUCAUCACUUCCCUCCGCCAUCCCCCUUCUCGGCCUAACGAACCACCUCGUCCCCGUCCUCCAGUCAUACCUCGAUAUACACGCAGAUAUCCAGACUACAUCCCUCCUCGCGGCGAUCAUUCCUACAAAACACCUCACUCCGGCUCAACGGACGAUGGUAGAACGGUGGACAGAGGGGUACCGAGAUCUGCUGGAUGGGUGGCGGAUGUUUGCGGUGAGAGUGGACUUUGAUGUGCGGCGGCAAGAGAAAGCGAGGGAGUUGGGUGGGGGUAUGCAGAUGGGCGAUAUGGUCAAAGGGAACUGCCCUGUCUGCAACCAUGUGUUGUCCCGCCAGGAACUGGACCAUUCUCAGCGGAAAGUGGCGCUGAAAGGCACGACGACGUGGCCGAACGAGCGGACCUAUACCUGUACAUUCUGUGGCAAUGCUCUACCCCGCUGCGUCAUCUGCUUGACGCAUGUCGAGCCGAAGUUCAAAGCUGGACAAGAUACUAUCGACACAGCGUAUGUAGCAUGCCAGACAUGUCGACAUGGAGGGCACGCAGGCCAUAUCCUACCGUGGUUCGAAGGCGGUCUAGACGGACAACUCGGACACGCCGUAUGUCCCGUAGUCGGGUGCGAGUGCGAGUGCGCCAAUCUAUAG